UGUGAGUUGAUAACAAAUAUUGCAGACAUCCCAUUCCAACCUAUGACAGUCCCUUACUACACUCUGGGAAUGGUCGACAUGUGUGCCGCUUAUAAGAUGCUGCAAAUCAAUAAUCGUGUUCUAGUAUACUACAAGUAUGAUACAAUACCAGUCGACUGCGUUAAAAUCUUCUCAUCACCGGGUCGAAAGGUCGCUUUCCGUUUUCUGCAGGUAAAUCUCUACUCAUCGCCAGCGGAUCUAGGCAGAUCCGACGCUUUGAGAGUUUAUGCAUCAAUAGCAUUCAUGCCAGUGACAUUGCUGGCGGAGUACCGACUAGACCGUGAGUCUACCCCGUUCUCAAAAGCGGUUACUGCUGAUGUUCUUGCCCUGCACUUUCGUGGCACUGCUGCUGAUGGCCAGUACGGUUUCAUUGCAGAGAUAUCAAGCAUUCCAAGCAGCCCGGACUCGAGUGCUGUAGAUCAGAUUGUCGUUCGUGGGUCACGUAUAGAAAACAAUGAUCAAGGUGCUAUAGUGUAUCACAAUUCUGGUGAGAUGAGCCCUGCAGUUGUCAUUGGUAAGUGA